AUAUUUUGUUGUUAUUUUUUACUGUUUUCGAAUUUCGACUUUAGUAAAAAGUUUUUAGUUUUGUUUCAUGUUAAUUUAUUACAUUACAGGACAAAAGAAUAUAAAUAGUUAAGCUAAUUGCUAUGAAAUGAUUAUUAUAUAAUUGUGGAAACAAUAUAAAAAUGAAUUUUGUUGAAGUAUCAUCGGCCUAUAUAAAAAAACUCAAUCAUCCAAUGAGAGAAAUACGCGAACGUUCGCUACAGUUGUUGCUGAACAAACUGCAGCUGGGCUGGGGACUGGAGGACGAAUUGGCGGGAACUCGAGAACUCCUAGAAGCACUGUUAGCUUGGUUCAAUGUCCAAAAGCCUACAUACCAAAGAGAAGCUUUAGAAUUAUUGCUGAAUACUCUAAAGACUAAAGCUGGUACUUAUAUUGCUAAGGAAAUUGGUACUGAAAAAAUUUUGUUGACCCUAAAUAAAAUAAGACCAAAAAUAAGUAUUGAUGCUACUGAAGUGUUUGAUGAUCUUAUUGAAACACUCCGCUUUUUACAUACAAUUGAUUCUGAAGUCAAUUUAGGAGUUCCUCCUCUGAAUUUGAAUUCACAUAGAAGUUCAGAUAGCAAUGGAUCAAGUGGGUAUUAUAAUCUAGGACUAAAUAAAGGAUCAUCCAAAGAAAGUUCAAUUUAUAACGAAGAUAUAAAAAUAAAAAGCCCCCACAGUGGAAAUGGAAUAAAUGUACUGCUCUUUCCUUGGGUUAACCUCUGCUCUUCUGAUUUGAAAACAUUGAUUUUGAUUGAAGAUUCACUAAAAGUUUUGAAAUCAACUCGACGCUGCUGCAGGUUCAUCAGAGAUGUUGUUUUACGCGAUUUUCCAACUGAGAUAUUUUUAAAUAGACCAACUAUUAUUAAGAUACUAUUAGCUAUAGCUGAUGGACAAUGUAGGGGGCAUCCAGUAGAGGCCUUGAAUGUUAUUUUGAGCAUCACACACACAUUGCAAACCAGAUUAUUAAAAUUAUUGUCUUUGGACCUAAUUUCUCAGUCAAACAAGCAAUCAGUUGAGCAGACAGGAUCAAUAGACAAUGUUAACAUGGAGCUAGAGCACAUUGCUGGCGAGAGUAGAGUUCUACCAGCUGACGACGCUCUUAUAGCCUUACGACAAAUGCCCGCUCCUAUAUACGCAUUGGAUGCGCUGCAUACUGUGCUCGCUAUUAUGAUCCGACACACUGUCUUGGAGACACUAGAAGAUAACGAAGUUAUGGAUAUGAACGAAUUGAAUGUAAGUUUGUGCUUAAUAGAGAAUUUGAUUGAAUUAUUGCUGAACUGUGUCAGUGAAAAGUUUUGGUCUUCAGAGCACACUUCUCAAGUACACAGGGACAUAGCUCACAAAGCCUGCAUGGUGAUGCGCACGCUGGGUGAAUUACUAACUAAAUACAGGUUAUUAUCGUUUAAUAAAGAACAUGAGCGUGCAUACUUUAGGGUUGCGUGGCUGCGCUUAGUUCCUUGUGGAGUAACAUUGUUACAUUGGGCGAGAAGUUCUGCCUUACCACCCUCUCCAUUGAUAACUGCUCUACAAGCAGCACUGAUCGACCCAGCUGUAGAACUUCUAUAUCCAACACUGGGCAAGAGGACAGCUACGGUUUUAAUGAAAGCAAAGUCAUCGGUCGACCAAGAAUACAAAACCAAAUACAGAGAGCUGAACAAAUUAUGCGUCAGCAUGGACAAUGCGGUUCAGUUCAUGAAGAUCAAAGAUAGUGUUUCAAAGGAUAUUUUAGUUUGCAUCAAACACGCAUUGCCUGUGUUACAUUUGAAUGUGAAUCAAAACUUUCUGAACGAUAUAGCAAAGAUUUUGCUUAAAAAAUUAAAAGAUUUGGAUUUGUCGGAUUGCGAUUGGUCUACAGCUCGAAGUAUUGCGUUGAUACUAAUGUCGCAUAGUGUUGAUUGGGUUCGGGUGAUGUUUUAUGAAAUGCUCGGUGAUAUGGUGAAGUCAGUGCUGAUGAGUGACGAGGGCGAACAGGCGGAGAAUGAGAAAUGUCUGACACUGCUUUGUGAUGUCGGGAUUUUGACGGAAAUUUGUUGCCACGGGCUGUCAUCGAAGCUGCGAGAGGUGGAAAGUAGCUCGUCGGAAAUAAUGCUGUAUUUGCUUCGCGGCAGAAUGGUACUGAGCGAGAGUUGCUGGUGGCGCCUGCUCGCUAGUCUGCUGCCAGUGCUGCCACUGCUGCAUGUCUUUGCGGAACAUGAUACGCAGCUGGGCAAAGCAAUCUGCAAAUCUCUGGAGCCCGACAUAAUCGAAUGUAUGGGGGUGUCGAGAUCGGACAUGAUCGCAGGCCUUGUACGGCUUGUGUUCGUGAAUUGCGCUACUGUGAAGUUGGAUGCUGUGCAUUCUCUCUGCCGAUUGCUGGAUGAUACUAGAUAUUUACCUCCUCGAGACUCGUUGCGUACGGACGUCAUAAUCAAUGCACUGAGGCGCGUCGAUUCACAAGACUUCAACAUCGACCAAUCAAGUUCUCCGUCCAAAAACACCCAGACGUCAGGACUCGCUCAGAUCUUAGAUGUGCUCAAACAAGACUUGGUUCUCGACGAAGAAUCUUCAGAGUAUGUGACGCAGAGUCGGCCCUCUCAGCCCACUUUAGAGCCGUCCUUACGUCGCAGUACGCUGCAGCAAGUAGCUGUUAUGAUGAGGCAGCAGGAGUUACACGAAACCUUCAUACAAUACGACGGCUUGAAUUUGAUUGUCAGUUUGUUAAGGUUAUCCCUAAUGGUUGACGACUAUUUAGCAUUUCCCGAAUGUGCGAUUAGUUGUGUGUCAGUGUUGAACAGUGUCUGUUUCCUGAGCCGGCAUACUUUGGCCAAGAUAUAUGAUCUGCCUCUACUUUUACUGAGAGUGAUUUUGGUGUUUCCGGCAAACGACAACACAGUAUUAAUGGCAGCUCAAGUACUGUCGCUAACAGCUUGGGCGGGGUUUGCUCUACAAGAGUUGGAUGCUAACCGACGUAGAGUUCCUGCGUUACCGUACAGUGUUAUCCACAGGACAUCGCUUCCAUUUACUGUCAAUAGUUAUUGGACCACAAGCCCUAAUACUGAACACUCGACUGUAGAAUGGCUGCUAAGCGAGGAGUUAUGGCGGAAUGCCAUUCGCAUUCGUUGGUGGUGGGUAUGCGGUGGGGGCCCCAAGCUACUGCGCUCGUCCAGACCUUCACCAGUGCCUCCUCCUCCGCCAAAUGAGCUGGAUGCAUUGAGGACCGCCCAUCUUCAGUACUCUUGCUCGAAAUAUUUGCUUGCGUUGGAGAAUGCCACUACGCAUGCGCAAGUCAACAGUGCCUUGCAAUUUUUGGAAAGCUACACCCAUCUUAUACAAGUAUCACCAACGGAAGCCGUAGAUCUGGGGAGUCUGCCGUGGCAGCAUACUAAAAGGUUCCUUGUCGCUCCACCGGCGUCAUCUAGAGACACUGCGCUGUUGAUUUCUUUACUGCAAUUUAUUGUCGCUUACAUGGACAAUGUUCCAAAAGAAGGGAAUGCAAUGUCAUGGAUAAAAUUAUUCUUCAUCGGUAACGAUGCGACAGUUCUAUCUCUGCUCAGUAGGGACCGUCUGUACCCGCAACAAACUGCUCAAGAGAACAUAGAACUGAUACAGUUACGCAUAUGCAUUGUAAAAGUGCUCGUCAGAUGUAUAUUACUUUUGGAACACGAUGCCGAAUAUAGCUGCAGUAAGAUGGAAAGCUUGUUGAAGAUAUUGCUUACCUGCUUGGAGAGAAUAGACUUGAAGAAUUUUCAUGUUUUGGGAUAUCUCAACGAGUUGAUACGCUGUAUUAGAUACGCGAUAUAUUCCCGGUACUGCAAGUUAUCUGAGGAUUCGCUCAUACACAGUUUGAAGGUGAUGACGUAUGCGCUGAAUGGAUGUGCGACCGGCGCAGGGCGGAAGGGACAAGCUUGCAGAUUGGACGCUAUGCUCUCUUUGCUGGCUCUAUUGAGGCAGAUCCGUGAAAAUUCUGUUCCAGUGCAGAGAUGGAGCGAAGUGUGGGACGGCAAUGUAGUUCGUGCGUUAGUGAGAUGCACUACCGAAGAUGGUGCGGAACUACGUGCAAGCGCUUUGCACGUAACGGCGGCCCUUACAGCGUACACUCAACUGAUGCCACAAUUGUUGCAAUGUGUUCCGAAGGAGUCGUUGGUUCAACACAGCUUAGACAUCUUCUCUCAAGAGGGCGAAGCCAACGUAGUGCGCGCCGCUGCGGCUUCUUUGUUGACCAGCCUUACUGCUAGAACAUCGCCUCAUACGAAGGUAUUCGAAGUAGAAGUUCUUCAAGCUCUCGAUGAAGCAAACUUCAUAGAAGAAUGUAUGCACAUUUUUAUAGACUUCUGCAACGAGACAACGGAGUGUAAAAAUUAUAUAGAGCCAAACGUACCGCUGUCAGUAUUAGAGCGUAGAUCUGAACUAGAAGUUCUAGUGCACAAGAGCGGCGAUAUGAACCUGUCACCUUCGUUACCAUCCAACAAGCCGCCGCCAACUGCAGCCCUGGUCGCAGCCUUAGCGGAUGCUCUACACAAUGUCACCGCAUACAAGAGUGCACCAGUGCAGUCGUGGAACGAAAGAGGUCUAUACAGAGUGUUGUUCAGAUGUGCAGCUUGGACUGGGGGGUCGGUAUCGGAAGUGUGCCGCGUGUAUGCGUCCACGUGCCGCGCGCUCGCCGCGUCGGCGCUAGUCAAGUGCGUGAGAUCUUCGCUUGCGGGCACCAAAGAUUGUCUAUACAAUCUUAUUGGUUCCUUGACUUUGACGCUCGUGGACGAAGAGGAGUAUAGCAGGGAUUGGUUAGAGUCGCGCGCGCCGGGCUUGCGUCUGCUGUCUGCUUUAUUGUCCGAGAGAGCCGCUAGCGACGUUGUGUGGUGGGAGUUGAAAAGGAACUCGACACUUUUGGAUUUACUGCUGCACGCUUUGGCAAGUGAAAACCAAGAUUUACAAAAGACAGCUAUGCACUGUAUAACGGAACUAACUAGAUCUAUAUCGCAUAAAAGAAAUAACGAUGAAGCAAAGGAAGAAGCUUGCGACUUUUUAAACAGUAUAAAGUCGUCAUACUCGAGAAGACUAACAGACAAAUUUUCCGCCGGCGACAAAUUUGAUUGUCAGCCGGAAUAUAUGAUUGAGGAUAUAUGUAAAAUACUGUUGGACUUAUACCGACGCUAUAUGGAUACUAAGAAGAGCCUCUCUAGUCAAGACGAUAAGUGGACGUCAGUCUGUGCGUGUCUGUGCUCAGUGGUGUCUGUGAGCGCGCGCGCGCGUACGUACUGCGUGCACAGACACUUUGCGGGCACGCUUCUGCAGUCGCUACAAACGCUGAGAGACACGCUGUCGUUGCAGGGCAAACCUGUUGACGUCAUCAGGAACGCAGAUAAUGAGCCGAUACUUGCAACCCUGAAUUGGAUCCUCACAUUGAGCACCUGUCUCAUGCUGGAAUGCGUCCCGGCCAAAGAGCGCAUCGCGGAAGACUUGGCGUGUUCGCUGAUCCGUCUGUGGCCGUGGUGUAUGAUCACUGAGCAGUUGAGGGACACUGUCCUGCGGCUCUUGGUCACUUUCACUAACGACUGUCCUAAAGCGUGGGCCAGCAUGUGCAGCUGCGUGGGCAGCCGCAGCAUGCUGCACGAAGUGUGUUCGCUCGUCGACAAGGAGGCGGCCCGCCCGCGCCCCGCCGCCUUCCUGCCGCUCGCCCUGCGCGUUCUGCGCCAGUGCGUGGCGCACCACCACUGCAGAACUGUCAUUGUAAAGAACGAGGUGCUGACCUGUAUAUGCAAGCUGCGCGCCCGCGCCGGCCACGGCUCCGCCGCGGGCGAGGAGUGGACGAAGCUGUGCGAGGCGAUGGCGCGUCACUCGGACGGCGCGGCCGCGGUGCUGGCUACAGUAGCGCUGCCUGCAAUGAAGCCUACCCCCGCUAGGAUGCUGCCUGCGUUGGCGCACGCCGCCCACCACCAUAGGCUGACCUUCCUGCAGUCACCGGACCUCCUGGAACUGCUCUCCGGUUGCCUGCACACUGGUGACACAGCCGAGGUCGUGUCUGCGGCGAGGGCGGUAUGGGCGCUGGCAGCAAACAACCAUAGGGCGAAACUCGUUUUGCGAAGUGCGGGGAUAACAUCAGCGGUGCAAUCAACAAUGCAGAGAUUACAGAAACACUCCCACGAGGAAGCUACGCAGCGUGCCCUCGAGUUGCUUACUUACACUCGUACUGUGCUGCAAACCACUUGACAAUACUUGGAUAUUACUGAAAAUCUACUACCAAGUACUGAAAUUUAAACAAUUUCUCCGACAAAGGUAAAGAUGACAAAGCGACAAGUUUGUCAUAUCUCAAGUCUUACACUUGCACAAUUUUGCAGUCUACUUGAUGAUACUUGGAUAUUACUGGAAAUCUACUACCAAGUACUGAAAUUUAAACAAUUUCUCCGACAACGGUAAAGAUGACAAAGCGACAAGUUUGUCAUAUCUCAAGUCUUACACUUGCACAAUUUUGCAGUCUACUUGAUGAUACUUGGAUAUUACUGGAAAUCGACUACCGAGUACUGAAAAUUUAAACAAAUAAUUUCUUCAAUAAAGAUAAAGAUGACAAAGCGACAAGUUUGUCAUAUCUCAAGUAUUACACUUGCACAAUUUCGCAGUCUACUUGAUGAUACUUGGAUAUUACUGGAAAUCUACUACCGAGUACUGAAAAUUUAAACAAAUAAUUUCUUCAAUAAAGAUAAAGAUGACAAAGCGACAAGUUUGUCAUAUCUCAAGUCUUACACUUGCACAAUUUUGCAGUCUACUUGAUGAUAUUUGGAUAUUACUGAAAAUCUACUACCGAGUGUUGAAAAUUUAAACAAAUAAUUUCUCUGACAAAGACAAAAAUCUUUUGAAAUAAUUUCUAUAUCUGUCACUUUUUUGUCCAUGAACAUGAUUGCUGGAUUUACUGUAUAGGAUAAUUAUGAGUAUAAUUCCUAGAGAUGGGAAAAGUUGCUACCUACUUAUUACAAUGCGCUCUAGAUCAGCGUUACAAAUAAACUAUGCAUACUAGUUAGAUACCCGGAUGUUACUCGAAGUCUACUGCUGAAUAUAAGACGCUAAAUAUUCGUGGAAAUAUUUCCUAGAACAUUCAAAUGAUUUUUACAUCGUCUACUGAUUUGAAAAAUCUAUUGAGAAAAAAAGCUUCUUGUCUUGAAGUCUGAAGCUCAUUUGAUUAUGGAAGAAGCAAUUUGACAAUUUUAAAUUAAAUGCCACGAAAUUAUGAAUUUUUUUAAUAAAACAAUGCAAUGUACAUAUUAAUUAUUGUGUUGCAAUUUUAAAUUAAAUGAAAGUUUGAAUUUUAA